AUGGGGCUAGAUUGUGGAAUGAGGUGCCUGAAGUUUAUGUUGUGCGUUUUUAACCUCGUAUUUUGGGUAAGUGCGGAGUUUAAUCCAGUUUUAGGGGAUUGAUUUUCGCAGCUAACUUUUCAUGUACGUAACACCGUUUUGUCUUCAUUUUCUUAGGAGAACAAAAACAUCAUGGAUUCAGCUUUUUGAUCGCUGUGUGUGGCUUUGACCGCUCAUUAAUGUUUAAGCUCUGUGUCACUUCUAUAACUCAAAUUUAUUACUAGAAAAACAAAUUUUUGCUUUUCUGACCCAGAUAAUAUUUUUACAGCCGCUUUUAAUAAAUCACCAAUUCGCCAACAAUCUACCAAAAAAAAUUUGAAAAUUUGACAGGCCUUUUUCGGGAUAUUAAGGCAACAUUAUACUCUUCACUUGUUACUGGUAAAACUGAGUAAAUUAUAUAAGUUACAUUUUAUUUCGCAUUUUACUGCUUUCUCCCCCUAUUUUUAAUAUAACAAGAUAGAUGAAUAAGUUGUUACAAUAGCUAAACCUUGUUUUAACUUUCUUGUCACCUACUUUAUACCUUCGAAAAGAAGCUGUAGUUAGUUUUUUCUCUUGAUUUACCUGAGUGAUUCCUUCGGAGGAAAUUUAUGAAGCAAUUUUCGGCUUAAAGAACAUAUUAUAUUCACUUUCCUUGUAAUUCAUCAGCUUAUAUCGCCCUUGAAAAUUUUCAUCUUUAUUCAAGAUAACUUCUUCGCGUAAAAUAAUUUUGAUUUAUGUUCAGUUGCCAAACGCGAUUAUCCUGAAUCCGCCAUAUUUGUUGACGUUGCUUUUCCCCCCAAAAAGCUGAAUUUUUUUAUUUCCGGUCAAAUAAAAAAAAGAAGAAACAUCUUCAUUUUGACUUGCGAUUUCUUAGCCUCAUCAUAAAACCUUUUGUAGAUACUACUUCCCCGCAAAACUGAGCGAUUCAGUUCCCGUUUGACAGUUUUUGAUGGUAACAUACAUCCGCUUCGCAAAGGGAAAAUUGGGUUUCAGCGAUAUAUAUGGAGCAAAAUCCAGAAAAAAUAUUAAUGAAAUUUAGACGUUAAUUUACCGAAUAAGGUCCGCAAAAGAUUGUCAUUCUUAAAUCUUAAUGGUCAGGUGGAGGAUAUAAAUACAUGACAUCUAUAAAAUAGAUCGACAAGAAGAGUGUUCAUAUAAGCAACAUGUUCANGCAAAAUCCAGAAAAAAUAUUAAUGAAAUUUAGACGUUAAUUUACCGAAUAAGGUCCGCAAAAGAUUGUCAUUCUUAAAUCUUAAUGGUCAGGUGGAGGAUAUAAAUACAUGACAUCUAUAAAAUAGAUCGACAAGAAGAGUGUUCAUAUAAGCAACAUGUUCAUUGUUAGUUAAUAAGCUCCUUGCCCUGUAUAUGGCUUAUUUAAUUAUCGGUACUCAGUAACCAGGGCAGCAUCAUAAAUCAACAAAAAUGCCAACUGCAAUUAAGCCAGAGCAAAUCUUUUGUUUUCAUUGAUCUCAAACCGACUAGAGCAAUGGUUUCUUCACAGAACUACCUUCGUACUAAUUUCCCUACGUGAGAGAUUCAGUAAUUUAAGCUGCGAGGACCUCGUUAAUGUAUAUUCUUUACCCUUCUGAAUUGAGAGGGUUUUUGGUUAAAAAAUAUCACACCCAUUAAUUUUCUUUAAUUUAUAUUAUUGUUUCGUUAUUGCAGAACUUAUGAGCAGCAAAAUACAUAAAAAUAUUUAUUAAGUUACGCUCAGUUUAGUGUUAAAGAGGUUUUUCGGCGCCAUAUCGUUUCGCUCAUAUUUAUUUAAUCAGCGACACCGAAAGAUAACAAGAGUAUAAUACGUAUUCUAUCUUUGUUUCCUGUUUUCAAGGAGGAAUACUGAAUUUUAUUAAACUUAGUUUGUCGGAUUAAGGGCCAUGGAUUAUUAUUAUACAUCUCUGAUUUAUCCAGAAAGUAUUCAUUACACACAUUUUGAGCUAAAACUAUAAUCACUGAUAAAAAAUCUGUUAUCACCUCUAAGACAAUCUAAUGUAUUUUCAUAGCUCAACGACAUAAUUUUCACUAUUCAAUAAAUAGGUUCUGUAAGAAUGUUUCUUGUCAAAGCGAACGCAACAAAAAACAUUUAGUAGUGAAUAAAAACAGGAGCCUACUGAACAAAAAUGAAUUGACAAAUCACUGAAAUACAGUCCAGAGGACUGAAUUAAAAGAAAAAGAAUUAUUAUUGUAAAUUUUGUCGUUUUCGCAAGAAUUGCAAUGGAAAUUGCUAUAAAUGUGUAAUGCAGUGCGAAUAAAGUUUUUGUCCUCUAAAAGUUUUGCUUCUUGGAAGUCAAAUGCACUUUAUUUUCACUCAGUCAUGCACAACGAGCAAUGGUAAGCUUAACGUUUGCAGGGGGAUUCUAGAUCUGAAAAGAGAACUGUAAACGGUUUGUUAAUUCGCAAACUACCUGAAAAUAUAAGAUUUGUCAGGCCUUCACGAUGCGGUUUUGUUACAAAAAAAACACCGACUUUUAGUUAGACCAAUUAACAUUGUCUAUGAAGGGGUUUUGAAAAGAAAAAAUGUGCGUUUAGUCGGUGGCAUGGGUGCCGGAUGAAAUACAAAAAUUUGGUCUUCACUCACAACGAUUUAUUAGUAGGCGUUUUCGAAGAGCUAGCCGAAACAAGACUCCCUGGAAAAAAUAAGCAUUGUUCAGUUCACCUCUCAUUUUAGACACCGACAAAAAUAAAGCGAUACUAAAGCAAGCCCGCGUUCACUUUUCACACGAAGUGUACGAUACAUGACGAUACAUGUUGAUCGGUUCACUUUCGUCUACAGGCCGCUGGUAUUGCAGUGAUGGCCGUGGGAAUCUUCGCAAGAGUAAGCGCCAGUAAUUACUCUGCUCUUAUGGAUGAAGGAGGAUUCAAGACAGCAGCUAACAUCCUCAUAGCCGCGGGGGCACAGGUGAUGAUCAUUGGUGCUAUAGGGUGCUGUGGAGUGGUGAAGGAAAAGAAAUGGUUGCUUCUCCUGGUAAGUUGCGAUAUAGUAAAACUAGGCUUAAUACAGUGAUAAGGAAUCGCGGUUACUGACUAACAACGCGCACAGUUACAAAGUAUCAGUUGGCUUACCUUAGGAGUUUUCACGAAUAGAGACGCCAGCUUGAGGCAGUCUAUGUGCUGAAGAGUUUGAUGGCGUCCACCCUGCCAACAUGGCCUCCUUCUGUCUUCGAUCAGCAGGACCCAGUUGAUAACAUGCGGUACUUAAUUGGUACUGAAGGGUUAUCCUGGGUAAAUAUUCUAUUAUCAUUAUUAUUAUUAUUAUUAUUGUUAUUGUUAUUAUUAUUAUUAUUAUUGUUAUUAUUAUUAUUAUUAUUAUUAUUAUUAUUAUUAUAAGAGGAGGAGGAGAAAAGGAGGCUCUGUCCGUAUCCCGUCAAGCCUUAGAAAUCGUUAAGGCCCGUCAGCCCAUGUGCGAGCAUCCGUUCGUUGAUAAAUCGAUGGUCAUAACUGAGCCCGCUGUACCAAGCGUACGGCUAUUAGGCCUGGAUUCCAAACUGUAUCCUAGCAACAAGCAGCACAUGUUCAACAAAGAUCUUACUCGACUGAUUCAUGCACAGUCUUUCUCGAGUACGCCAAAAUCGCGCUAUUGAAAGAGGCUGCGCUAGCAGGGUGGAUGAUGUCGUUCCAUUGUUGGUCGAUAGGGUGCAGGUCUCUCUCCACUUUUAGGCACCAAUUCAUCCUGGAUCGUCGUUCUCUUAGGCGCUCUUGGGGAGUCCACUAGCAGGUCUAGACGGAGACAGUCUCUCGGCAUGUCCCAUCAAGCUGAGCCUUGAUGGGACAAAUAAUGAGUCUUGUCACUAGCAAAAAUUGGAAGAUAGAGAUCUCUGACCUUCUCGUUUGUGAUGUAGAAUCACCCCAUUUGGUAACUAAGAUCUUUCGGAGUCACGUCUAAUGCUAACAUAUUGCGUUCCCUUUUUCUCAUAAAAAUUUAGUAUUCCUUCCUGGUACUGAUGAUUUUCAUUUUGGAGAUCGCUUCAGGCAUCAUGGCUUAUGCUCAGAGGGACAAGGUAAAGCACUACUUAUACUAGGCCCCAGUUGUUUCAAAGGUGGAUAACACGGAUCACCUACCCAUCCCCUAAGCCAACGUUAACACUUACUUCUCAUUAAGGGAAAAAUUUUGGCUUAGGGGAGGGGUAGGUAGACAGUUUCCCAGAAAAGUUUAAUGAUCCGUGUCACUGAUCCACUGGAUAAAACUGUUUCCAAUGAAUAGCGCAAUUGGUUUCACUAAUACUUAUCCCAGCCACUUGAUAGAAAUUUACCAGGAGUAAAAGCGCUAUCCAACGUUUGAAAAAACGAAGCCGCUGCUGUAUGUUACUUUUGUGCAUGAAAAACCUUUUAAAAGGCCACGAUCUCAGUUUGGAGAUAUACCAAGGCGUUAUCCUACCUCAUACAACUGAUCACUUUUACCCUCCCUUGCCUUUGUAGUUAUCAAGAAGGCUUCAUCUAGGAGGUCUGAUAGCGAAUCCGUGUUACCGCAUAAACGGUUUUUGAAAAAAGUUUAGGCACUCAUGCAAUCCCGUACUCUAAAUCCAAUAAAAGGGCUUUACUAGCACAAUUUCUCAUCAAAAUUCUCAAUUGGAGUUCUAUUAAGGCAUCAAAAUUCAUUUAAAAAGUCUGUCCGGUCGAGCUUAUUCCUAGUCUUUCAGCAGCGGGAAUGGACAGAUUCUGUAACCGCCUUAAUUGCCCCCGCAGGAAUUUCGCCCAGAAGGCGAAAUCCCGAGGAGGAACUAUAGUAACUCGCGCGUAUAUUAAGGAAAGUACUUACAGCUGAAAUAUACAGUCGGUAUGCCAGAAAAAAUCUCCAUUUACUUGAACAGGGGCCGCGAGGAAUCGGUUGGUAAUGAUGUCGUUUCGAUUGUUUGCGCCCGCAAGUACGAAAUGGUUAGGAUGACGUAAAACAAUGCAAUGAUACUUCUUUAGAGAUCUGAAUGAAGAGUAAGAACUUAACUAUAAUGCGCUUAUUACAUCACCAUUCCACCCAUAUAUUUCAGGUAAUAGAUAAGAUAGAACACGCUGUGAACAAGACCAUUACUGAAUACUACGGAAAGGCGGACAAAAAGAAAUUUACAGAGGCUGUGGACAAGGCGCAACAAGAGGUGAGAGAGAGAGAGUUGAUAAAGACAACUGCAGAGAAAAGACGAAAAACUAUUCUAACCUAGCUGAGAAAGACUGAUGAAUCUCAGUCAGUGAUACAUGCAGCUCGGAAAAUGAGAAAAAUCUGAGUACUCCCAACAGGUUACUAGUCCACGGCUCUACCACUGAGCCACAGGAUACUCGUGGUAGCUAAGGCAACAAAACUAGGUUCAUGUAACAAACAUCCUGCAUUUUGCUAAUACCCUAGCCUGUUGAGAACCAAAGUCUUUUAACAAAGCCAUCAUUAGCCACCAUUUGGACAUUCAAACUGACCGAGAGUUAGGGCGAGUCAGAAAAUGAUUCAAGGGAGAGGUCCCAGUGACGGAUCCAGGGAAGGGGCCAGGGGAUCCGGCCUCCCCCCUUAUUUUUAGACCACACUGAGGCCGAGAGGAACAGAAGAAAAUUUUUUUAAAAACCGCCUUCGCCUUAUCUCAGGGUCUGGAUUACCGCCUCUCCCCCCUCCCCCCCCCCCCCCAACCCUUCCUUCCAAUCCCUCCCCCGUUUUUAUGCCUAGAAAUCGACUCUUAUUCUUCUUUUUUCCUGUUACUUUUUCAGCCACCUUCCUCUCACUCCUUAUCGCCUCUUCUUUUCGCAUAACCAAUGAGUCUUAACUAGGGGGCCGGGGGCCCGGCGUCCUCCCUUUUUUUUAUCCCCCACCGGUGCGGCGAGGAAAAAAAAAAAAAUUUUUUAAACACCCCCCCCCCCCCUUCCCGGGGGCGGGUUUCCCCCCCCUCCCCCCCCCCCCCCCCUCCCUUAUCUGAAGGUCUCGAUCCGCCACUGGGUUGACGCGUAAGAUAAACGCCUUGUCUGCAGGCUACGCCACCAUGAGUCUUCACAAGUCACCCUCUGUAUUACGAGUAACACACUGAAAAAAAAAAGAUAAGGCUUUGGUAAAGCGCACCGCUGAGAAACUAUGAAAAAUCUGUGUCUGAAAGAAAAAAAAUGAUCUGUGUCUUGAGCCCUCAGUAAUUGGCGCUUGCUGUUGCGGUGUCCCCGACUGUAUUCCUGUGAAUAUAUGUACACUUUUUUUUUUCAUUGUAGUGUCACUUAUCUUAUUGUUUGGCGAAGUUAAUAAAAUAAAAAUAAAAUAAAAUAAAUUGUCUGUAGCCUUAGACGAAGUUCCUCAAACUACGUUGUCUUAGGCAGCUUAACAAAACUCUCUAUCAGGGGCGAGCAAAGACAAAAAUAUACCCUAAAUUCUCUUGCCUUCUGAAUAGCAAUACAUGGCUCAAUCAUCUGCACACGAAAUAAGUCUCAUUUUCAAACUCUUAGAGUAGAAAAUAGGUUUUUCACACAUCUUUCUAUUCGUAGUUGAAGUGCUGUGGUGUAGCAGGCCCGUCCGAUUGGUCAAAGUCCGCAUGGUACAAGAGCACUGGAAAAACGGCAAAGGAAAAAUAUCCUGAGUCGUGCUGUAAGACAAAGGGCGACAAGUGCAGCGUGGGCGACAAUCCAGAUAUCUACAAACAAGUGAGUGUCAAAGAAGUAAAAUGCUAAAGUCACGUGAAUUCUGAGUCGUUGAUUACUUAAUAGUUUGAUUUGUGGUUACCGUUCUUGAUCGUAUAAUGAUAAUGAUAAUGAUAAUGAAUUUGUAUAGUGCAAAAACUAUAGAAGAAUAUUCGAAAGCGCUUUACAUUAAGUUAAAAUUAAUGAAAAAUUAAUAAACAAAAAAAUUUUAAAAUCCGUGAAAGCUAUAAUAAUAAUAAUAAUAUGUCAUGCUAUGGUAUAAUCUAAAAAAACAUGAAAUUCGAAAAUUCCAAACUAAAUUAAAACUAAACAUUAGAACUAUUUCAACAAAUUAAAAGCUUUCUUAAAAAGAAAUGUUUUAAGUUGCUUUUUGAAAAUGGCGAGGCUGCUACUUGUUCUUAUAGUUAAUGGCAGCGAGUUCCAUAAAACAGGUGCAGCAUGAGCAAAGGCCCGAUCCCCAAGUGUAGAGCAGUUGACUUUUGGAACGAACGGAAGAGAUUGACCAGACCAAAGAAGAGCAUAAUUAGCAGCUGGUUUCAGGGAUAAAAGAUCUUUAAUGGAGGAUGGACUUUGGUUGUGUAGUGACUUGUAAACAAAAAGGAGCAAUUUGAACUGAACUCUAAACGUUACUGGAAGCCAGUGUAAGUCGAUAAGGGCGGGUGUGAUAUGAUCAAAUUUCCCAAUCUGAAAAGUCACUCUAGCCGCGGCAUUCUGAACUUUCUGUAAACGAUCAGGCUGAUAUUUAGGUAGACCAAACAGAAGUGCGUUACAGUAAUCAAGGUGCGAAGAUACAAAGGCAUGGAUCAGUGUCUUUGUGGAUUGCACGGUAAGGAAUUUUCUGAUCUGUCUUAUGUUGUAUAGUCCGCGAAAAGCCUUGCUACAAAUCCUGCCUAUGUGAACAUUCAUUCGCAUAUGAGCAUCGAACGAGGACCCGAGGUUCCGGACGCUUUCUAAAGGUUUAAUGACGGUGUCACCAAUGAUAAUAGAUUCAAUAGAUGUUUUUUCAAGUUGUUGACGGGUGCUAAUAAUUAGCAAGUCAGUUUUCGCGUCAUUGAUCAUUAAAGGAUUUCCAAUAAACCAAGAGCGAACAUCAGCGAUGCACUUUUCAAUCACAGAGACAGCAUUAAUUUCUGAAUGGAUAGAACAAGGUCGGAAGGAGAGGUAAAUCUGGGUGUCGUUAGUAUAACCAUGGACGAAAGGGAGGUGGUGAGAAAUAAUGUUAAAGAGGCGGGAGACGUAGAGAGUAAAUAAAAUAGACCCCAUACAACUGCCCUGAGCGACUCCACAGUUUAGGUUGAAGUCGUCAGAAGUCUUACCACCGACAAGUAUACGUUGUUUGCGACCAGACAGAAAUGAGUCAAACCAAUUUAAAGCAGUUCCGACGACUCCAAAAUCCUGAUGCAAAAUAUUCAGAAGAAUGGAAUGUUCAAUGGUAUCGGAAGCCGCACUUAGGUCCAAAAGUACGAGAAGUGUCACUUCCUUAUUAUCCAUACUCAUUAAGAUGUCGUUUUGAACCUUUAAUAGAGCAGUCUCUGUCGAGUGAUACUUACGGAAGCCGGACUGGGAUUUAAAAAGAGGGACAUUUUUCUCACAGUGGACGAGAGGUUUUUGAAGUGCAGCCUUUUCCACUACCUUGGAAAUGAAUGGAAGAUUACUGACUGGACGGAAAUUUUUGUAGACUAAAUCAAGUCCAGGUUUUUUCAAUAGAGGGAUGACAACAGCGGUUCUUCAAUUUUCUGGAACGCAUGCGCAACCACUGAGAAAAGAGAGAUUAACCAUCUCAGUGAUAGAGGGCGCUAAUACAUCAAGACAGGACUUCACUAGCCAUGUAGGAACAGGAUCCAACCGACAAGAGGCAUUGGAGGAUUCUCGAACAAUCUUACACACUUCUCCUAUGGAUAGCGCAGAAAAAUUCACCAGAUUUUCCUUUGGAAAAACAGGAGCAAGUCGAGGCUCCUGAACUUGAAACUUGUCAAGAUUUUCCUUAAUGAUUUCAAUUUUUUCUAAGAGGAAGGUGCCAAAUUCGUUUGCUAGUUUUGUGGGAUCAUCGUGCUCUGGAAGAGCCGUCUCAAGUGGUUUCCUGGACACAGAAUUAACCACACGUUAAGCUUGCUACAGUCACCCGCAUACUGAUUACGUGGCGUAAAUUAAGUGGAAACGUUCUGCACGUUUUUCAGAGCUUAGGGAAUGGUUUCUGUGUCUUUUUAAUUAUUAUUCUCCAAGCCGCACCGUUUUGUGGUUGCUACGGACAGUUUUUCCAUGACGGCAUGUAGUCAAUGAGUAAAAUAAAGGGGCCCGGGAUAGGUAAUUGAAUAGAGCUGACGUUGGCGCGUUCUUCUAUUUAGUGAUAUAACAUGAAAGUUAUCAUUUGUUUAACAUAAUUUUUAUCGUCAUUAUCAUUAUCAUUGUCAUCAUAGACUUUAUAAAAAGGCCUGAGGUCGAUGAAAAUCCAGUAAUCUUCACCAUCAUCAUCAUCAACACCGACCCGCCAAAUGAGCAAAUCUAAACCAUUUUUGUCCCCAGCUGCAAAUAGCUUUCUACUCUUUUUGACUGCCUUCAUCACAGUUCUCAACUUCCCGGUAACUUUAAAUGUUAAAAUUUUAAACUCAGCUAGCACUUACUGUAUUGAUAUUGAUAUCUUCCAGGGCUGCUCUGAUGCACUCCAAAAGUUUGUUAGAGGAAAAAUGGCAGUGAUUGGAGGAAUAGGAGUCGGGAUCGCCAUUUUACAGGUCAGAAAUAAUUUAAUUACUUGAAAGAAGCAUCACCCUUAAACGCAAAAAAUAAUUCUGUAAUUUUUGGGAAUAGUUCCAUAUCGAUAACUAUUCUUCUUCGAUCUUUGCAGGUUCUGGGCGUGGUUUUUGCCAUUUGCUUGUACCGAUCAAUUGGAUACGAGAAGAUAUAAUAAUAUCAGGAAAUAUGGGAAUGGAUGGGAACAAGUGUUCAGUGAAUUGGAUAAAAGGGAAAAUUUGCGUUUAAAAGUUAUUACGGAAGUUUAUUUUUGUUCAGGCCUAGAGGCAUUUGUUAAUAUGUGAAUGUUUCUUCCAUCGGUAGGAAUUCUUUAAGAUAUGAUUAUCACACUUUUCUUUAAAGAAUCAAUAUUUUUCUCGAAUUAAGACAAGGCAAGGACCUGUCCAUUGACGGAUCCAUAUUUUGAGGUAAAGGACGAGGGAGGGGCGGAUCGGGGUGAGGGUUGGGCCCCACGGACACCUCCCCUAGAUUCAAACGAAGACCCAUACUUGGACCCAAGAGAUUUCUCUCUUGUUGGAGCACAUUCUAGACAUUGUAAAAUCGGAAUAGGAAGGAAUAUCCUCGAUGUUACUUGAGAGGAAAUCGCUGUUAUAAUGUUACUGGCAAUAUAAACACGGCGUGUUUGUAGUACUCCUAUUUUAUGAAGAGAAUCACCAGCGUAUAUGUCUAAAAUGUACUCCAAAAGAACACUCUCAAGUUUAGCGUCUCUCGAGAAAUGCAAAUGAUGUCUUGCACCGGUCUCGUUCGCACUAGGAGCCUAUCCCCUCAAAGUCCCAUCUGCUGCUAAUUAAAUAAGCGUCACAGCUCCUUAGAAAUUCAAUAUAUUUGUUCAUUCUAUAGUAACUGUUGAAUCGCUUCCUUCGCUAAGUUCUGCUGUCUCCGAACUACUUUCGCUCGACACACAGGUGCAUCGACCAUACUACUGUUUAUUUGCUGGAAUCGAGCUCUGCUCUGAUUGGCUAAAUGAAAAGAAUCUAUGAAUAGCCUUCAAGACUCACAAGCUUUGGCCCAAGCUCCUAGGUGAUGGGAUCCUCUUUGUAACUAACGGUCUUUAAGAGUUCCUCUUCACCGAUCUUUCAUUCUUAACCCUCGUGGUAAGAGAGGCGGAGAAAGCAGGUGUAGGGGUAGGAAGCGAAUCAAAGACUGCCCGGUGGAGGGAUAUACGGUAAUAGAUAUUCCAGCGGAUUUUUUCAUUAGCAUUUCUAGUGUACAGUUCGUCCAAUAAAAAUAGAAAAUGGUUGUGACUAGAAUGGAUACCUUAAAAUCAGGUUGGAGACCUUAAUAUCUUUAUUAUACAACGCUAUACUCGAUACCACGCCAUAGUAUAUUUAAGCAAAUUUAUUGGGCCUAUUUUUGAGAAAAGUGAGGAAAUCAGAGUAAGAGACAGUUGUGCAAGGAAAAGAGCUGAAUACAGGGUUUGGCACCGAAGUACAGUGAUGGGCGGGGUUAAGCACUGUUUUAAGAACGGUUAGUUUUCAAUAAUGCAAUGAUCAAUGCCAUGUAAAGUACGUUAAAAUUAACCGGUGUCUACAGUUAGCCCUUGGUGGUCUAGUGGAUGCGGAUGUGGAUUAUACAUCAAAUGAUGCGGGUUCAAGUCCUACAUACUACCAAUUUUUUUCUUCUGUUUUCUUUCUUCUCUUAUUUACUACUUUAAGGUGGCUCCGUCAUUAAUACAGGCGCAUUUAGCCGUGACGAAGUUUUUGUCAUAACUUUUCCGUUUUUAACGCGAUGGCUGCGAAACUUUGCAAAGAACAAAAGAUAUCAUUCCGCAAUAGUACGAAAUAUUAAGAUUUCAUUGAUGGUAAAUAUAUUUUGCUAAAUUUAAUAGCACUUAAAUGACCCUACUGUUCAAAGAAAAUCGCGUCUAAUAAAAAAAUUUGCUCAUAUUUUUUUACUGAAAUUUCUGGUAACGGCUUUAAUUGGUGUAAUAAAUAUGCCAGAGGAAUUUCAGAAAAAUAGUUGGAGCAGAAGUCCGUAACUAAAAGUCGCUCAAAAUUCAGCUGUGAAAUUGUUUUGGAAUUUCAAAAAUAAAUUACUAUCAGGUAGAGGGAGACACCAGUUUGAAUUUUCGGGACAAGUAAAUUCAAUGUUUGUUAAUUCUUAAAACAAAAGCCGAUUGCCUAUCGUGCUAUUCUUUAAAAAGUACUUUUUAGUUUUAAAAGCACUAUAAAUUACUACAAACCUUGCUCUGAAGUAGAAUGACUUGUUCCUCGACAUUUUUAAAAUAUCCCUUGGCAGUUUGGCUGAAAUUCCUGCUGCACACAUUUUGAUGUAUUGCAAUGCAUAUUUUCAACGACUUUUACUUCUGUUCGUUGCUUCCAACUCUGGAAAAAGGUUUUGAGCUUGGACGCUACCUCGUAUCAUAGCUCAGAUAGAACUGCCCAGCACCUUUGUUUUUGACUACAAAACGAGCAGGAGUGGCAGUUCUGCGAAGAAUUCGCACCUCACCCAGGGGGGACGAACGACAAUGAUGCCCAUGUCUGCGAACCGAUCUGUAUAAACACGUAUUGCGGAGCAAAACAUAAUAAUCAAGAAAAAGCUUAAUUACUUCCCCUAGGGAACUUUUCUGGUGUCGCCUGUAGAUUUUGGUAGAACCAUAGACCGCUUUCAUUCACGUUGCCAGCAUCUAUGCAAAUUUAUAGGAACAAAAGAAAGCGUCUUUUAAUUGCAUAUCUCUGAAGUCAACUAUUACAGGACUGUUUUGAAACGCCAACAUGGCCGCCGUUUCAUUGUUUUGGAACACCAAAAUGGAUGCCGGGACGCCAUGUGAAAAUGCUCUAUUGAAGUGGGUGAAGGCAAUCUCUCUUGGUGAAGGGGAGGGGACUAGUUCAAUAAAAUUCGUUUGUAUUAGUUAUGAAUAGUAUUGUAUUCUCCAACGUCUUUACUGUACAAACUGAACACUACGAGCUGGUGAAGCGCUCAAGACAUGUAAUGGGUUUUCUACCAGAAAUGGCAUAUCUCAAUGACGAAUAAAAUAACC